AUGAGCCCCCAGGAAGAUACUCCACCCGAAGCCAUGGCCGACGGCGUCACCGGGGAUCUGGAGAAGCAGGAUAGCGCUGAUGGCCGCAUCCGCUCUCCAGGCGGUACGCCCCGGCCAAGCCAUGAGCAGAAGGAAGGCAUGGAUGGAGCUGCCGAUGGGGCAGCGAAUGGCCAUGACGGAAAACAGGAGUUAAAGGAAUGGGACUGCUAUGACAAGCUGGGCUACACCUUCCCCUGGUGGAAGAAGUGGGGGAUUAUCUCAGUCAUCUUCGCCGUCCAAACCUCGAUGAACUGGAAUGCCAGUUUCUACGCCAGUAGCAUCUCGCUAUAUGCGAAGCACUUCGGCAUCUCCGAGCAAGCGGCCCGUGUUGGACAAAUGGACUUCCUCAUUGCCUAUGCAUUUGGCUGUGAGUUCUGGGCUCCCUUCAGCGAGGAGUUUGGGCGAUGGCCCAUCAUGCAACUCAGCUUGUUCCUGGUCAAUAUCUGGCAAAUUCCCUGCGCACUGGCGCCCAACUUCGGCACCAUUGUUGUUUGCCGCCUGUUGGGUGGCCUGUCCUCUGCGGGUGGCUCAGUGACUCUGGGAAUGGUGGCCGAUAUGUGGGAGCCCGAGAGUCAGCAAUGGGCGGUGGCUUUCAUUGUGCUUUCCUCGGUGGCAGGAUCGGUGAUCGCCCCCGUGGUGGGUGGCUUUGUGGCGACCUUUUUGGAUUGGCACUGGAACUUUUGGAUUCAGCUCAUCCUGGGCGGCUUUGUACAGCUCUUGCAUUUUUGGAUUCCGGAGACCCGAUGCAGUAUUCUCAUCACUCGAGAGGCACGGCGAAGACGCAAGCAAGGCCAGAUGGUGUGGAGCGGCGAUGAGCUCAAGGGCCAGCGUAUAACCUUUCGCUAUCUCUUCCAAGUUUGGCUGCGCCCGUUCAUCAUGUUCCUCCGGGAACCCAUUGUCUUGUUUCUUUCACUCCUAAGUGGUUUCAGCGAUGCCCUGAUUUUCACCUUCCUGCAGUCGUAUACCCCAGUAUACAAGCAAUGGGGGUUCAGUACGAUCGACAUUGGGCUUUCUUUCAUCCCCCUCCUCGUUGGGUAUGGUAUUGCCUACUUUUCAUUCCUCCCUUGGAUUCACCGCCACUGUCGGGUUCGUGAAAGAGACCCCGAUGCCCUUCAGCCGGAGGCUCGUCUCUAUUGGCUCUUGUAUGUGGCGCCCCUAUUAACAAUCGGCCUGUUUGGAUUUGCCUGGACGAGUCUUGGUCCCCCGCAUGUCCACUGGAUUGCGCCGAUGAUAUUCUCGUGUCUCAUCGCCAUUGCCAAUUACGCAAUUUACAUGGCAACCAUUGACUACAUGAUUGCAUCGUAUGGUCCCUACGCGGCCUCGGCGACAGGGGGCAAUGGAUUCGCGCGUGACUUCCUCGCCGGCGUCGCUGCAAUGUAUUCCGUGCCCAUGUACUCGAAUAUGGGGAAAACCAACACGCUCGAGUGGCCAUCCACCCUCCUCGCAUUCCUGGCCAUUUUCUUCACUAUACCGAUCUACAUCUUUUACUGGAAAGGACCAAAGAUCCGAGAGAAGUCUCCCUUUGCCCAAACACUGGCUGCCGACCGGAAGAAGGCCGGACGCAGAGUGUCCCAGUGUGGCUCUGGCGAUCCGGAGCCGGUGCAUCGCUAUCUGUCGGGCCACAGCUAG